GGUUGGGCUGAGGCAGAGAGAACGAGAGGGAAGAAGAGGGGCGAGCAGAGCGGAGGAGGUUGGGGAGCGGCAGAGAGCGGGUUGACUGUACGGCGGGCAGCCCGCGGGAAGAAGGAGGAGGCAGAGGGAGUCCCGGGGAAAGGGACGGACGGAAGCCGAGAGGAGGCAGUUGCAGAGGGCUUCUGUGAGCGCUAAGAAGGAGAAGAAGAUGGCGGACGGGGAUAGCGGGAGCGAGAGAGGGGGCAGCAGCGGAGGAGGGGGAGGCCCCGGCGGCUUCCAGCAGCACAUGUCCCGGGAGCAGGAGACGCAGGAGCUGGCCUCUAAGCGGCUGGACAUCCAGAACAAGCGCUUCUACCUGGACGUCAAGCAGAACGCCAAGGGCCGCUUCAUCAAGAUCGCAGAGGUCGGCGCCGGGGGCUCCAAGAGCCGCCUCACCCUCUCCAUGGCGGUGGCCGCCGAGUUCCGCGACUACCUGGGCGACUUCAUCGAGCACUACGCCCAGCUGGGCCCCAGCAGCCCCGAGCAGAUCGCGCAGUCCUCCGGGGACGACUCCGGGGCCGGGGGUCCUCGCCGAGCCCUGAAGAGCGAGUUCCUGGUCCGGGAGAACCGCAAGUAUUACCUGGACCUGAAGGAGAACCAGCGCGGCCGCUUCCUGCGCAUCCGCCAGACCAUCAACCGCGGCCCGGGCUUCAGCGGAGGCACCGGCGGGGGAGCCGGCCUGCAGAGCGGACAGACCAUCGCCCUCCCCGCCCAGGGCCUCAUCGAGUUCCGCGACGCCCUGGCCAAGCUCAUAGACGACUACGGUGGGGAGGACGACGAGCUGGGCGUGGGGCUGGGCCCCGGGGGAGGAGGCGGCGGCGGCGCGGCCGGGGGCAUGUACGGGGAGCUGCCCGAGGGCACGUCCAUCACCGUGGACUCCAAGCGCUUCUUCUUCGAUGUCGGCUGCAACAAAUAUGGCGUGUUCCUGCGGGUGAGCGAGGUGAAGCCCAGCUACCGCAACUCCAUCACCGUGCCCCUCAAGGCCUGGAGCAAGUUCGGCGGCGCCUUCUGCCGCUACGCCGAGGAGAUGAAGGAGAUCCAGGAGCGGCAGCGGGACAAGCUGUACGACCGCCGGGGGCCCGGGGAGAGAGGCGGCGGCCUGAGCUCCGGGGGCGGCGAAGACUCCGAGACAGAAGAUGUGGACGACGAUUGAGCGAUCCGAGGAAGGGGGAGGGGGGAGGGCCAUGCUGCCCCCACUACAUGUCCCAGCAUGCCCUGCUCACACACUGGCACCUGCAAAUCCCAGCAUGCCUCUGUGCAAACUGAGACUUGUGGGACUGCAAAUCCCAGCAUGCCCUGUGUAUAGUGAGAUUUACAGGACUGCAAUUCCCAGCAUGCCUCGGUGGAAAAUGAGACUUGUAGCACUACAAAUCCCAGCAUGCCCUGUGUAUAGUGAGAACUGCAGGGUUAUAAAUCCCAACAUGCCCCUGUGCAAACUGAGACUUGUGGGACUACAAAUCUCAUCAUGCCUCGGCUGAAACUGAGACUUGUAGCACUACAAAUCCCAGCAUGCCCCUGUGAAAACUGAGACUUGUAGGACUGCAAAUCCCAGCAUGCCUCGGUGCAAACUGAGACUCGUAGGACUGCAAAUCCCAGCAUGACCCAGUGCAAACUGAGACUUGUGGGACCGCAAAUCCCAGCAUGCCCUGUGUAUAGUGAGAUUUACAGGACUGCAAAUCCCAGCAUGCCUCGGCGGAAAAUGAGACUUGUAGGACUGUAAAUCCCAGCAUGCCCCUGUGCAAACUGAGACUUGUAGGACUGCAACUCCCAGCAUGCCCUGUGUAUAGUGAGAACUGCAGGGUUAUAAAUCCCACCAUGCCUCGGCGCAAACUGAGACUUGUAGGACUGUAAAUCCCAGCAUGCCACACUGCAUACUGAGACAUGCAGGACUACAAAUCCCAGCAUGCUGCUGUUGGGGGAAUUACAAGUCUGUAUGUAACAAACUGUUCCUGUGCAGACCAUCCCUCCUUUCUCCACAGCUGGCUGGGACUUGUAGUUCUACAGCACUUGGGGAGCAGCAGGUUGUCAGGGCCUGAUGUAGCACAGCUGGGGUCAUAGCAGGUGUCAUCCUCCCAUCACACGUGAACCAUGGCAUGUUACAUGCAGGCUAUGGUUUAUAACCCACAACCCAAGGGGUUAAAUCUUUUGGCUUUAGGUCAGUGCUCAGUCUCUAGAUGUACACGCCCCCCCCCCCCCCUCUCCCGCGCCAUUUCCACCAUGUACGAUGUGGGCACUGGCAUCAGUCAGCCUGCACCAGUCCCCAGUUACCGUCCUAGUGACCAUUGGACGAUGACUGCGGACUGGUUAAAUUUCGGAUAGGUUCCGCACCAGCUGGCAGGAAGUAGGCGUAAACACCCCCCACCCCAUGUAUUAUGUUCUAGAAGGUGCUAGGUCAUUUACUCCAAGCCGAGGCCAGCUCUAAUUCCCAGUGACCACAGCUUUACCAUAACCCAGCGAGCAGCAGCUUCUUCCCACAGCGAGAAGGUACAGGGGGUCCAGGCUAGAAGGAAGGGGCGCCAGGGCGAGUCAUGGAGCAGGCUCCCCCCUUUCUCCCUUGCCUCUCUCACCACCAUUUCGGGAGCUUUCCAUUGAUGCCCCUCCCCAAGGAGAAAAGACCAGCAGAUCUGUUCCUACCACCCAGUCUGUCACCCAUCCCUAAAGCACAAGGAAAGAAACAUGGCUUGUUUGGAUUUCUAGCAAAGAUCUGCAUCUCCUAUCCGCAGAGUCUCCGGUGACAGGUCCACCAUUCCUACCAGGACUGAACUCUUGAUCCCACCAAUCAUGGAUUCUUAACAGACUGCCAUAAGUCACCUUUGUUUUUAAUACCAGCACGCAACGCAAGAGCAAAAUUUGACAUCUUCAGAACAUAGAAUGAGUCAGAAGUUCGAGAAAAACCUGUAAAAUUUCCAAUUAAACCCUUCCGACCCGGAAGCGAAAAAAGACAAAAAAAACAAACAAAAUAAUAAUAAUUUAGGUUCAUACAAACGUCAAAGAUAAGCUCAGGUCCAUGAUUCUUCUCGUACAGGCUUUUUAUUCUUGAAAAGACUUGCCUUCAGUUCUCAGUACCUCGGAGGGUAAUGGUGCCUCCAAAAAUAGUUCCUGGCGAAGGCUGGGAAGAAACUGUCCAGGUGGUGAACAGUCCACAGGAGAAGAGUGUGCGGCCUGUGCCACCCGCAGGCCCUCCACUCAAUUCUACAACCUUACUGUCUACAAGAUGCCCUCCUAUUUUACCCAGUGAUGACCUGAGGGGGGCUCCUGUAUCAAGAUCUAGUUAUCUACUGUUCCCAUGGACUUGUGGUUUUAACUCUCCUGGAUGGCUCCCUUGCUUCUACUCAUCAUGAGGAGAAAUAAACCUUUUGAGGACAGAGGCGAGUGUCGUGUCCCGCAACCUUCUCUGUCCCCAAAGAGUUGAAAAGAAAUGCUAGUAUUUUUCUUUUUGUGUGUGUUGUACAUGUGUGAGACGAUCCCUCCCCGCUUGAUGUGCAGUUCUUGCCGUCUCCGGAACCUCGGCUGUAGGUUUGCUUGUGGUGGAGGCUCCUGGGGAUGUAGCAGCUUCCAGUAUUUCAUGCCUAGAAGUGAUUCAUCUUCUUGUCACGUGCACUGCCUUUUCUAUGUCUGCACCACUUCUAUAUUAAUGUAUUUAUUUUGUGUUCUGAUCUAAUCGUUUCACCCUGCCAGUAAACCCCCCCCCCCCCACCCCAACAGGCCCGCUGGGGGGCCCCCCCCACCCCCAUGAGUGUAUUCCAGCCAGGGUGCAGCUUGGCAGGUGACUAACGGUAGAGGCCUGUGGCUUGAAUGCUGCAGAGGCAGCCAUUUUUCUAGCAUGAUCAUGUCAGAUCUUCAUGUUAUGGAGACAAGACUUCCCAGUGGUCAUCUUAAAGAUAGUUUCCGGGAGUAAAGGGGUUCUGCAGUUUGUUUAAACUGAUGAUCUAUCCUCUGUAUAGAUCAUCAGCGCCGCGGCCUUCUCACUGUUUACCGCUGACCCAGUGACGUCACGACUAGUAUCAACUGGCCUGCGCGCGGCUAAGCUCCAUUCAAGUGAGCAUAGUUUAGCCGCGCCCAAGCCAGUUGGUAUUAGUCGUGACGUUACUGGGCCUGCAGUAAACAGUGAGAAGGCCGCGGCGCUCCCAGAGCGCCGCUGCCUUCUCAAACAGCUGAUUGGCGGAGGUCCCGGGUGUCGUUCCCCCGCCGAUCAGAUGCUGAUCUAUCUAGAGGAUAGAUCAUCAGUUUAAACAAACUGCAGAACCCCUUGCCGAUCAGCUGUUCGAAGAGAGGCCCAUCGAGCUCCAUGGCCUCACUACUUAUUAAGCACAGCGCCAUCCUUUGGAUAGUGGCUGUACUUGGUAUUGCAGCUCGGCCCUAUUCACUGGAAUGUGACCAAUGAACGUAAUGUCAUUGACCGAGUAAGAGGUCGCAACACUGGAACAUCACGGCCUCUUCAAACGGCUGAUUGGUUAUAAUCCCUCCUGGCACCCCCACCAAUCGGAUAGGCUAACAAUAGGUCAUCACCUGGGAAAAUCCCUUUAAGAAGACCUCCCAACUAAUUUUAAUCUCUGUGGAAUUAUUCUGGAGCCUCUAUACUUAGAACUGUCACUCUUAUACCUUCUGGAAAUGUAUGAAUACAUUGAUAACUCACCAUUUCCCUUGUCAAGGGGGGGGAGGGGGGUUUCCUAUGGUAGCGACGCACCCUCAUCUGGCAGCACCCAGUAGUCAGUUUAAGUCAUAGGUUUCCUGGUGGAGUAACAGAGGGCUGGCACAAUGUCUCUGCUCCAGAAUAAUUUAACAAAGAAUACAAGUAGUUAAGAUGCUGUCCACAGAACGGCCACCUCCACGUGUACAUAGGGCGGGACUGCUUAGGGUUGGAGCUGCUGCACCACUUCUUGGUUUCUCCCAGCAUUCUCUCAUCCGAUUCCCUGUUGGAAAUGUUUUAUCCUUUUUUAUUUUAUUUUCAGAACUGUAUGGGAGCAAUAGUAUUUCUUGAUGUUUUAAUCACAUCAGUAUAUUGUACUGUAUUUUUGUACCUGCCAGGCAGCUGUAUAGUGUCCUGCUGUACCAUUCAUACGUGGAGAUUUUUCUUUCCUUCUUCCUGUUACUUGUGGCAGAUGCUUUCAUCCACAGUGAUCCAGCCCCGUGCCGCAGGGCUCCUAGGAAAGCCCUUUCCUUGUGUGUCGCUCGCACAGAUGACUCCAGAGGCUGUGCGUGCCUUCGCUCCAAAGUUUUAUUUAUAUUGCACCCAGUAUAAACCAAGGACGGGCGUAUAUUACAUAGAGAUAUAUAACGUGUGCUCAAUGAGCAGCCGGUAGUCCUGUGCAUACUCUUAACCUCUUACUGGGGAGGUUGUAAAAUGCUACCCAGACCUGCCUCCUCCUGCUCACUGUGGCUUCAGCCCCUGAAUGGAGUGGUUCACCAUUACGUAAAUAAGCUAUUGCGUAUGACGAGGUUUAGGAAGGAGACCAACCAACACCCCUCUCCCUGUCCCCCUUUAGGCGCUGUGCUUGCCAGCUGAACUGUUUCAGUAGUGCAGCGCUCUCUUAGAGGACUGGUUUGUCUGCAGUCCUUGGAGCUAUUCCAUUCCCUGCCACGUUUUGUUCUUCUGCGCAAUAUAGGUCAGCCAAUGGGUUAACGCUGGCGCCAAAAUCUUGACACUUACAUUUGCCGUCAGAGCAAACAGUGGCUUGGCGAAGGUGUAGAAAGGUCCGAAGUGAAGGUGGACUAUUCGUUUUCGUCCUUCGGCCCCGUCAUACGCAGCUUGUUCAUAGUAUCAGAUGCCUGUAUAAAAAAGCAGAUCCUUAUCUGUAAAUGUUGUAUAGCCUCUUAAAUAUAUAUCUGUAUAUAACUAUACAGGGGGUGACUUUAAGCCGAAUGUUUUACAGAUGUGCUCCUCCGUCAAACCCCUCCAACCAGAAAUAGUUAUUUUUUUUUUCUCUUCCUCUCAUGCUCCGAAACUGCUCGAUGCAGUGAUUGCUGCCAACGUGGCGGAUAUAGCGAUCUAUUCUAAUGGACCGGGGCGUUGCCCAUUUUACCUCUAGGGUAAUUUUUAGAAAUGCUCAGCGUGGAAGCCAUUCUUCUAGAGAAAUCUAUCCCGAUCGAUAAAACGGAGCGGGUUGAUUUAGCAGAAUCAUGCAAAUGCGAAGGGGGUGAGAUUUAUGGCGCCAUCCUGAUGGGGGCGCUCUCUAGAAGAGGUGGACAGGGCACAUGCAAAGGUAUCAAGUGUAUAAAUAUUGGGGUCAGCAAUUCAGUCCGUUCUAACGCCCCUGCUAGUGACGACGUGAACCUGAAUAUUGAACUAUGUAAAGACAGUGAUUGUAGUUUGCCCAUCAUUUUGGUGAUUAUGCUUAUGGUAUGGUCCAGUGUAGGACCAGCUCCCCUAUAAGAUUAAGAGAAAGGUGUGCUGCUUUAAGGAUUGUGGUAAUACUUUGGAGUUGCGGUUUGAAUGCCUUGGCAGAAAUGAGCCUGGUUGCUAUCGUGGAGCCCCUUCUCCCCCCCGUAAAGGGAAAGGUGACCUCUGUUUUAGGAUUCCUGUCAUUUGAAUCCCAUUCCUUGACGAGGCACUAUGUUAAGCAUCCCAGUAACCAGCAACCUCCACCGGCAUAAAAAUUGAGAGACAAUUGGAACGUCAGGUUCCGACUAUUAUUAAUAGCUUUAUUGAGACUUGUACGUGUGCAGUCAGAGCGCGGGGAGCGGAGUAAGCCAUUAACGUAAACUGCACUACCGAUCUUUCGUUGAUUGCCCACUAUUUGUGCGGCGUGUAGACUUAACACUAGAGAAGUAGCAGGCACAUUAGGUGGUUAAGAGGAAAGCACAGAGUCAUACAGAGGACUUGCACUCGCUUAGGCGAGAGGAGACAUGCGCCAGCUGCGCGCGCGCAGAGCUCUGCCUCGUAGCCAGGGGCGAGCGGAUGUAGUUUGGGUGCAUACAAUGUAAGCAUUUCUGCUGUAGGCAUUUAAUCUACGUAUUCUUCAAAUACAUUUAGCUGACUAAUAAAAAAAAAUAAUUAUAUGGAAAAAGUCUAUUUUUUGUUUCUGUUUAAAAGCACUUUAAAUAGUAAAACAGCAUAUGCAGCUGUACCCUUAGUAACUACAAGCAGAGUCUAUCCUUCAGUCUACCCCUUGAGGUUACAUGGUUGGUAGGUGUUCCUCAGUCCCUCCUAGUCAUCCUGCUGACCACGGCUUCUAUCUCGGCUUUACCCCCAACGCUCCUCAGGGCAGCCAGGCCAGGUUUUGACAAUAAACGCUUGCACCAUACUUCUUUUAACCUUGGGCUCGUCCGGGUAUUGUAAAAACCUAUUCUGGGUGAGACUUCCCUUCAGGAGGCAGCUGAGAAGGUUCUGUCCCUGUUGCGAAUCCCUUGAUUUUAGUAGCCAGUGCUCCUGGCCGGAUCGAAGUUUUUGGAUUUACCACUAGCUUUACAAAAGCCGGGGAAAUUUUAACCUUUUGAAAAAAGAACAAGCAAUUACAUGGAAGAAGCAUAAGGUUCAGAGCUCCUGCUCAUCAGCACUCCUUACAAUAACAGAAUUUUGCAAAUUGAGUUUUACAAUCUAUAUAUUUAAAAAAUUGUAUGUUUGUAACAAAUAAAAGUAUGCGGAAAAGUGAAUGAAACCAUA